CUUACUUACUACCUUGAUCUUGAUAUUGAUAAUUUACCUAUUACCAGCAUCUAAAUUCAAAUCUAUACACCACACCACAUUACAUCAAACAAAGAGAUGACUCCAAUCAACCACAACUACAACCACAGACUCGAAUGGAACCCUACACAUCCUCUACCUUCUCACAAACGUCCUAUGGUUGCGCCACACACCACAAAUCCUAGACAGUCCUCUCAGUCGUCUUUUGGUAACACCUUGCCAAAGGUAGCCGUUCCACCAGCCUCGGUCGCACGACGCAGCAAUGUAUCAUCCAUUCCCACCACAAUGUCAACGAUUCCUGAACACAGCCAACCCGCACCAUUGGCAUCACAACCACAACAACAACAACCAUCAACACCACCUCAGACUGUGUCAAAAAGACAGGCUCGCCUAGAAGCCCGCCUCUUGGAAGAUGAUGUCCCGCUCGCUCUCUUGGCAUACAAAAAAGGUUACACGCCCAUACACGGCACACAGCCAUCACACAAUGAGCCCCAAGUUAAUCAAAUGAUGACAGUCAAUAAGCGUACAAGCUUACCACCAAGUACAGGCACCAAUACUAAUAAUGUCAUUUCGUCCCGUCACCAUAACCGCAACAACAACCACAACCACAACCACAACCACAACCACAACCACAACCACAACCAUAGCCACAGCCACAGCCACAGCCAGAACCAAUCUUCUGCCUCACCUUCCUCUUCCUCCAACUCUUCCAAACCUCUCGCCUCCUCGUCACACAAAAGAUCCCAAAAACGUCCCUCGUCUGCAGACAUAUCCAAGAAACCACUGUCUUCAAUGACUGCGAAACAGAGACACUCCAUGAACCCAGUCCUCCUCCCUGCAGAACCACUCAUCUCAGAUACAACUCAACCUCAAACAAAACACAAGCGAUGGUUCUCCCUUCGUCUCCCUACCAAACCUUUUCCUAAACCUACUACUACUGCCAUUGCAGCCUAA